AUGGAGACCCUCGAACAGGCGCUCAGACAGCGAGCUUCGCCAACUGCGUCCUCGAAGCGGUCAUUGUCCGAUUAUCAAUACAGUGCUGGAUUCGCUAUAUUCGAGGGCUGCUCAGCGUACGAAGACUUCAUUGUCCCGCAAUUAUGUCGGCUCAUAGCCCCUCUUUUCAACUCGCAUAUGAAGCUCUCAGUGCUAGAGAUUGGACCCGGCCCGAAAAGCAUACUUGGAAAGCUGCCCCAUUAUUUUCGACAAAAGAUUGCAAGGUACGCUGCAUUCGAGCCCAACCACAUAUUUGCUACGCGACUGGAAAAAUGGCUUUGCGCUGCUCCGGAAACAGAACCCCCACUGCUCUCUCUGGAAGGCCCGCCCAACAUCCAAUGCACUCCAUUCAAUAUAAACAGAGACACGGAGAAUUCUGCCUCCGUGGGUAGCAGCAACGGCAAUGAAAAGUACAACCUCGUUCUGUUCUGCCAUAGCAUGUAUGGCAUGAAACCCGAAGCGAAAUUCAUCGAACGGGCGCUGGAAAUGCUGGUUGAGCGACCCGAAGAUGGACUGGUGGUCAUUUUCCAUCGCGACCGGGCCCUGCAGGUUGAUGAAUUAGUGUGCUAUAAAACGGAUUCUUUUUAUGACGGAGUCGUUCGUGUGCCCGAUAAAGACGACGUACUGGACACCUUUGCGGCUUUCGUCGCAGGAUUUAUCAUGCAGGAUAUGGAGGCGGAUAAAGCUAUUCGAGCCGAGUGGCGUGAGGUGUGCCGGGCCUUAGGAAAUCGUGAGGAUGCUGAUCCCGAUCAUCUGUUGUUUAACUCGCCUGAGAUUAUGGUGGCCUUUACCCGGCACGCGACCGCGUUACCGGAGCUCAUAGCUCAGGUGCCGUUGGUGAGGGAGAAAAGGAUAGUCAAAAACCGUGAAGCUCACUUCUACGGUUGCGCUGCAACCGUACGGCCAACAAAGAUUCAACACGUUCAGCAGUGCAUUCAAUGGGCCCUCAAGCAUGGAGUGGGCCUGACAGUCAUUGGCGGUGGUCACAGCGGCCACUGUCUGUGGCCCAAUGUCGUCUCCGUCGACAUGGCUGCCUUUGACCAGGUCCACUUGCUCACACGAGAAGAGAAAGGAGAGACUGAAUCUGAUUCCCAUCCCUUGGUCGUCGCCGAGGCCGGCUGCAAGGUCACUGAUAUUAUUCACAAGUCAAUGGAAGCCGGCGUGACAGUGCCCCUAGGGUCCCGCCCAAGCGUAGGUGCAGGGCUGUGGUUACAAGGCGGCCUCGGGCACCUGGCUAGACUAUAUGGCCUGGCGUGUGACCACAUCGUCGGGGCUGUGCUAGUCAGCGUGAAAUCUGGCGAGGUCUUCUGUAUAGGCCGUGUACCCAGUCAGCAUUGGCCGGACGGUGCCGUACGCCCAAAUAACGAGAUUGAUCUUUUAUGGGCAAUCAAAGGGGCAGGAACCAAUUUUGGCAUCAUAAUCAGCGUCACCUUCAGGACUCAUGUGGCACCUACCUACACAAUCCGAAACUGGGUUCUUCCGCUGAGUGAUGAUUCUGAGGGGCAACGCAAGAUUCAAGACUUUGACAACUUCGUCGCUGGCAAGCUCAGCCGGAAUUGUUCAGCAGAUGCGUAUCUCUACUGGGAAUCUGGCCAGCUGCAUCUUGGCGUCACCAUGUUCGAAUCCUCCACGACGGUGAAGCUGUCGGAUAAGCCACCAAUGUCUACUUCCUCGCCUAUAGACACAAUUUUGGGGCCGGGAGAUGCUUGCCGGUCCAUGGAUGGCAUGAGUCUGUUUGAGGCUGAGAUGUACAUAUCCAGGAUGCACGGGGGUCAUGGCGGGAACAAGACGUCCGCUUUCAAGCGGUGCCUAUUCCUGAAAGGCAUCGAAGCUGUGGACAUCACCGAUCGCUUACUGGCAGCUAUUCGCAAUCGUCCCACAUCUUUGUGUUAUCUUCAUCUACUGCAAGGCGGAGGAGCGAUCACCGACGUGGGGGCCGAUGCCACUGCUUUCAGUUGUCGAGACUGGGAUUUCGCCUGCGUGAUAACUGGCGUCUGGCCCCGCAACCGAGAUGGAACUGAAGUUUCUGAAGCGGUCAAACGAUGGGUAUAUGACGUUGCCCGAGACUUGUUGCCGUUCAGUAGCGGAGCAUAUGGCGCUGAUCUCGGGCCCGAUCCAAGAGAUGCUGCACUGGCGGCCAAGGCUUUUGGCCCAAACCGGCCGCGUCUGGCCCAGCUCAAGCAAAGCUCGGAUCCGCACAACGUACUGGCAUACGCCUGCCCACUCCCGAGAGCACCAGGGGAACAAACACUUAUCGUACUUGUCACGGGCGAGAGCUGCGCUGGUAAGGACUAUUGUGCCAAUGUCUGGGUUGCUGCGCUUAAUGAGAAAGGCCUGAGGGCGCGCGCAGUCAGCAUAAGCGAUGCGACUAAGCAGGAAUAUGCAGCGGCCUCCGGGGCCGAUUUCGAGCGCCUGCUUUAUGACCGUGGCUACAAGGAACAGCAUCGUUCAGCAUUGACGGCAUUCUUCCACGGCCAGGUACACCGUAAGCCUCGGCUUCCAGAGGAGCAUUUUCUGAAUGUGGUGCGCGGAGCCGUAGGUUUAGACGUGCUACUAUUGACUGGAAUGAGAGACAAAGCGCCGGUCGCGGCUUUGUCGUAUCUAGUACCAGACAACAGAGUGAUUGAAGUUCGCGUCAAAGCUAGUGACAAAAUACGGCGAGUUCGCGGAGGGUGUUAUAGAGAUGAACGCCCCGCCGAUGGCAGCAAGAUUAACAGAGAAAACGAACCGAGCACUAUCUCGUCGCUCUCGACGGCCUUGGACUACAGACCUACGCUUCUCUUCGACAAUGACACGCCCGGGGUUGAGACGGUUAAGAGGUUUGCUGAAGACUACCUGCUCCCCUUCUUUCAUGAGGACUUGCGGCGAUUGUCCAACAUGGUACGCCUGGUACCUGGAUUCCCACGCGCGGGAAUCGACUUCCGUCACGUGCUCAACAUCGCUCAGCAACCAGAGGGGCUGGCCCUGUGUUCAUCCCUGCUACAAUCUCACUUCGCAGGUGAUUGGGCCAAAGUGGAUAUAAUAGCGUGUUGCGAGACUGGCAGCUUAGUCUUCGCCCCUUUGUUGGCCUCACAGGUCAAUGUGCCCUUGGCGCUCAUUCGCGAAGCCGGCAAGCUUCCCCCGCCCACCAUUUCCGUCUCCAGGUCUGCAUCGCAUAUAUCAUCUUUGUCUUUGAAUGCACCGACAACGAAGAGAAUUGAGAUAGGCCGAGAUGUGAUUCCUCAAGGCGCUUCGGUGGUAGUGGUGGACGAUACUCUUGCUACCGGAGAAACCCUUGUUGCGGUGCUACAAUUAUUAGGAAAAGCUGGAAUUCCUGCUACGAAGAUCAGUAUCUUGGUAAUUGCCGAAUUCCCUGUUCACCGUGGCCGCGACUUUCUGCGCCAGAAUGGGUUUGGGGGAGUCAAUAUCCAAAGCCUUUUGGUCUAUGGUACUGCUUAG